GAUUCAUCAUCUCUCUUUCUCUCUUCAGUUCAGGAUGGCAAAAUAACAGGGUGAAGGCGGAGAUAUCAGCAUUUGCGUAUAUGGGAGCCUGUUAUUACAGCCAAGUUUAGUUUCCACUAGAGUUCAACACUCUAGAAACACGCUUGUAAGUGCGUAUUUGGAAAUGAAAGUGAAGCGAUCGGAGAUGUGGAGAGCCGCUGUCCUGCUGCUGUUAACCGGCUGCGUGUGCGCGAGUGUGCCCGAGGAGCCCGCGGACAGAGCGGCUCCAUCUGACGGCUAUUGCAGCUGGAUAACGCGGGCUCAGCCUCACGGAGCUGGAGGCAGGAGGGAGGGCUUCAGUGAGUUCAGACUGCGAGUGGAAGGAGACCCGGAGCAUUAUCAACCCGGCAGCACUUACCGAGUAUCCCUGUAUGCAACCAACCCUGCAUACUUCAGAGGCUUUACUCUUAUCGCUCUGAAGGAAGGGCACAAUGGUGACCAAGAGGAGGAUUAUGCUGGACAUUUCCAGAUAAUCGAUGAGGAAGACACACAGUUUAUGACAAACUGCCCUCCAGCAGUGACAGAAAGCACCCCACGCAGGAGGACCAGAAUACAGGUGUUCUGGAUAGCGCCCGCAUCAGGCAGUGGCUGUGUACUGUUGAAAGCUAGUAUUGUUCAGAGGAAGAUCAUCUCAUUCCAGGAUGAAGGCUCACUCACGAAGCGGAUGUGUGAGAAAAAGCCACUUUAUGGAGAAACCACAGACAAACCCCUGCUGGACUGCUGUGCCUGUGGAACUGCCAAAUACAGAGUCACCUUCUACGGGAACUGGUCAGAGAAAUUGCACCCAAAAGACUACCCAAGGAGAGCCAAUCACUGGUCAGCCCUCAUUGGAGCUUCCCAUUCAAAGAACUAUAUAUUGUGGGAGUAUGGAGGUUAUGCCAGUGAAGGGGUCAAACAGGUCGCUGAACUUGGCUCACCGGUCAAGAUGGAGGAGGAGAUCCGUCAGAAGGAUUAA